UGUUUAUGUCUUCAAGUUUGAGCGCGCGCUUAUCGCCCAGGUGACAUCAACGGAAGUGUUGUGUGCGAAGUGUCGUUCAAGGAUGGAAGCUGACGCCUCGGCUACCAGUUGGAUGGUUAUGUAUGAGGACGAGUCUGUGGAUAUUCGCUACAAAAACGGGGCACGAUUACAACUUUCGCCAUGCGGUAGCCAGUUUAUGCUAGUAAAAGGCUCAGACUCUUCUGGACAUCCUCUUCAAAACCCCGCGAGAGUUCGACAAAAAACCAGGUUCACCACCAGCGCCUACAAAGAGCAGAUAAUAGCUGCACUGGCGUUCAGGAAUAAGUAUGCCAGUCGACCAUAUCUUCCAGAGGAGCUCAUUCCUGCCGGUCAAAAACAGCCAUUGCUGAGUAUGAACCUGGAUGUGCAGUGGCCCAGCUGGUCCUCCUGUGAGGCUGAGUUUGGGCCUGGUGGCGAGCCCACCAUCAGGUCAGAGGACAAACGAGCUGUGUUGAUGCUGUUACCAUCAGGGGAAGAGUUCUUCGUGAAGUUUGCAUCCAGGUUCAGCUUACCUCUCUAUCAGCAAGCACAGCGCCUUCAUGAUUUCAAAGAUCUGAGCAGCAACUCUAAAUGCAACCCUGAUAGUCGACGGAGCAGCUUGGCCCAUUUAAAUAUGGACUGCCCCAGAGAUGACACCCCAGAGGUUCAUUGUGAGAAAGGAAACCAAAAGGACAAGUCAUUUCAGGCGAGGUCAUGUUCUCCUCGAAUGAUUACUACUGAGUCCAAGCCAGAGGAGAAGUACCAAUGUGUCACAGUGGUCCAGCAUCACUCCUGCCAUGCAGUUGCACCCGCUUGGCACUAUCCUCUCUCCUUGGCCCGCCGUCACCAGACAGCCCGUCUCUCCAACCCUGCUGUUGGUGCAGCAGAGGGAAGCAGACAUGCAAAUCACGCUGAUGACAUUCCGAACAAAUCCAACUUGGAUAGUGACACAAAGUCUCUCCUUCCUCCAACUCUGCCUCUUACCUGUCCAUCCCCUCACUGGCACAGCUGGCGGUUUCAAGACCCAGUGGCCGAAAAAGAAGAAGCCGAUCAGCACUAUCCUGCAGAGCUGGUGAAUGUUAUGUGGCUUCAAGGCGUGACCUACAGGAUACUGGGCAAAGAUAUCUCCAUCAUAGAGGUCUCGCCUGGUGAUGGAUCUAUCAUUCGGUCUGAUGGAGUCUUCAGCAUGUACUUCACUCAUUACAAGCCAGAGUGGCAUUCGACGCAGGCAAAUGUCAAAGAGGUGACAUAUCACCUUAACAGCCUCCCACCUGACAGACCCAGACAGUUGUAUUCAAUUUGCUCCGUUGUGGGUCGUGCAAGCAGGAUUCUCGCAAGCUACAACGAGGCUAAAACAUCACUGAGGCUACGUGUCACACCCAGCUGCUUGCUGCAGUUGAGUGACAUCUCCAAACCAACAAUGCUUGAAACAAAUUAUUCACCUGUGAGCCAUCAUAAGACUGAUACAGAUACGCAAGAAAGUCGGCAAGAACUUGAAAAGAUAAAACGAGUCAACUUUAGGAUUGAAAACAGCAACUUGCUCGGAAGAAAGGAGAAAAGACUCGCACAAAAUGUUUCGCCUGAAAUCACCUGUGAACCAAUGAGUGAGGUCGACGUCGCAAAAGCUCUUCAGAUGAUAUCCAAAGCCAUACAGGAUAUUGAUGCUGUCACAACUGUAACAAAACAAAAUUGAAAGUGCAUGACGUUUGAGUCUUGGGACUUUAAAGAUAUAUAUUUUUUUGUUCAAAUGACUUAAAUAAAUACAUUAUGAUGCAUUUGUUGACAUUGGCCUGCUUUGGCCCCAUUUUAUGAUGUUUUACAUACAGUAUAUCAUCUGAUGAAGGUUACAUAAUUACCAAACUUUGUAUUUAUUAUUUCAU